CCCCUGGCUCUGUCAGGGAAGGGUCUGGGGGUGUCACAAGGAGCUCCCUUGGUGGCUGGAGGGGUUGUUGGCCCUUUGUGUGCCGGGGUUUGGUUGCUGUCUGUGCUGGAGCUCCAGAUGUUCCAUACCCACAUCCCAGGUACACGGUGCUCUUCUCCCAUGGCAACGCCGUGGACCUGGGGCAGAUGAGCAGCUUCUACAUCGGGCUGGGCACGCGCAUCAACUGCAACAUCUUCUCCUACGACUACUCCGGCUACGGCGUGAGCACGGGCAGGCCCUCGGAGCGCAACCUCUACUCCGACAUCGACGCCGCGUGGCAGGCGCUGCGCACGCGGUACGGGAUCAGCCCGGAGAACAUAAUUUUGUACGGACAGAGCAUCGGCACCGUGCCCACGGUUGACCUGGCCUCGCGCUACGAGUGCGCGGCCAUCGUGCUGCACUCCCCGCUCACCUCCGGCAUGCGCGUCGCCUUCCCCGACACCAAGAAGACCUACUGGUUCGAUGCCUUCCCCAACAUCGAGAAGAUCUCCAAAAUCACCUCUCCUGUGCUCAUCAUCCACGGUACAGAGGACGAAGUCAUCGACUUCUCGCACGGCCUGGCACUGUUUGAGCGCUGCCCCAAGGCCGUGGAGCCGCUGUGGGUGGACGGGGCGGGGCACAAUGACAUUGAACUCUACAGCCAGUACCUCGAGCGCCUUCGGAAAUUCAUCUCCCAGGAGCUGGCCAGCCAACGCAACUAGCCAGGGCCACAGGCAGGGGGGUUCUGCUUGUUUCUCCAGUUCUCCCAGUAGCUCUCCCCAGUCCCUGCUGCUGGAGCUGUAAUGAGUUUGCUCAGCCUCGGCUCCAGGCUCAGGAGAGGGCGGGAGGCCCUGCAAUGGACAGUGUUUGCUCUCAGAUGUGAGCACAGCUCUCCUCCCUGCUGGUGCCAGCCUGGCGCUGCUGGCACCCCCGGCCCGGCUGGCCAGAGACGGCAGCUCCCUCCUUGCCCCUCCCCAGAGACAUGAGCCCACCCUCCGGGGGUGGAUCCUUGGCUUCAGACACGUCCUCGUCCCCUCUCCCAAACCGGCGACGCCCCGAGUCCCUCCCGGCCGCUCUGCUGCUCUGACCAUAGCAAUAAGGCGAGUUGGAGAGGGGCUGGGCCGGCCCCUCGCGGUGUCCCCGUGCCUGGGACACGGGAGGGGGCAGUUCCUGCUCUCCACGGAGCUUUCCCGGGCCCAGCGCUGGCCGUGCCCGGUGUUCACCCCGGCUGGGGCAGAGCCGUGUCCCCACGGGGACAAUGGGGAUGCAUGGAGGAGGUGCCCCCCUGCCCCACACCUCCUCCAGUCUGGGCUGCUCCCAGAGCACUCCUGGUGCUCAGGUCACCCCUGGAAACCUCCUCGGGGUGAGGGAAGCAGGCAGCAAAUAAAGAGCAGAGGUUUAACGUUUCA